AGAAAAAUUAAAACUGUUAAUUAAAUUGAGAGCGCGAGUGGAGUUUUAAUACAGGUGGUUAGGUUAAUCUAAAAGGUCUCCCUGAUUUGUUUAUGAAAAAACGAAACAAACAAACAAAAAUAUUAGAUAUGAAAUGGUCAAGCCAGUAAGAGUUGUACGCAGUGAAAGUUCCUCUAUUUUGUUAUUAAGUAACUGAGUUAGGCCUAAGCAAAGGACCGUCGGAAAAACGUUAGCUCCAGCUCGUGAAACUAAGAUAUAUAUCUGAAAAUCUAACAUCAUGACUGAAAUUGUAGCAGAACAGCGUGAAGUUACGGAUUUUAGGUUUCGUCAACUGAGGAGAGUUCGUAUCCUAUCAGAAGAGGAUUGCAAGUUCACUGCUGCUGGGAACUUAAUUACGUCCUCAAGUCGAUUUGGGUUAAUAUUUGUUGGUUUUCACAAAGGAUUCAAGGUUUUAAAACUAGAUGACAUUUUGAGUAUUGAUGCUGACAAAGAUAAGGCUAGGAUUGAAUGUGAAGAAUAUCCAUGUAUAAAAGUGGACUUGCAGAAACAGCCUGUUCACUUGGCUCUUAGCUCGGACAAUAUGACAUUAGCUGUUUGUGUCACCAAGAAUGAUUAUCCUUUUGCCCUAAUGUAUGAUAUUAGAAGCUUUGCAGACAUGGCAUGUACUGCACAGCCAUUUACAGAAGUUCGUCUAUCAGCAACACCAGGAAUAACAGUAAGAAACUUAACUUGGAAUCCAUCAGUUGUUGAAAUGUUUGCAGUGUGCCUUAGUGAUGGAAGUUUGGGAAUUUAUGAGCUUUCAGAUAUGAUACUGAAGAUAAAUGCUGUUCUACCUGCACAGACAAAUGUCACAGCUGUCUGUUGGAGUCCUAAAGGAAAGCAGUUGGUUGCUGGAAAGAAGAAUGGAUCCUUAACUCAGUACAAACCAACACUCCAAGAAGCAAAAUCUAUAGCUGUGCCACCACUCUUUGAAAAUCCAGUAUCAGUAUUGGAGAUCAGUUGGCUAAUACCCACUGUAUUUGCCGUAAGCUUCAUACCUGUUGGUAAUACAGAAGACAAGACUGUUUCGUUGGUUAUUAUAUCAAUUCCUAAAGGAUCCCAACCCAAUUAUAUAAACUUUGGAGAUGUAUGUCUAGAGGGUGGUGAUCAACAGGCACCAUGUUAUUGGAUGUUUCAUCAGCCAGACUGGGGCAUUCUUAUAUGUGCUUCCAGCAAGGCAGUUGAAACAGCUGUUUUAGGUUGUAAACCAGACAACAAGGCUUUUUGGGAACAAUGGGUUUUGGAUGGUAGUGGACGUGCAGAACUUCCCCUGGUGAAAAAUAAUGAGACUUACCCAUUAGGUCUUACGGUAAUAACAUCUGCCCAAAGACAAAUCACAGUCAGUGAUACCGAAUCCUAUCCUCCAAUGCCAAUUCUGUUUCUUCUGUCCACAAAUGGGCUAUUGUGUCCAUUUCACAUGCUGAACACAGCAAAUGGUGCUACUAGCCAAGUUAACCCUCCUGAAAUACUGCUGAAAGAAGGUGAAAGAAAACCUAAAGCUAUUUCUCAGCCAAGUAGUGUUUUUGCUUCAACACCUGUCUUACCUUCUUCAAAACAAACUAUGACCAACUUUACCACUCCAAAAAGCAAUCUUAUAGAAAAAUUCAAUCAAACUAUGCCUGGACAGACACCAUUAGUUUCAAGUUGCACUGUUCAACAACACUCAAGUGUUCCUAUUGAAAGUGGGCAACAGAAACCUUCAUUUUCUUAUACUGCACAGCAACAGUUAACAGUUCCAACUGGGGAUUGCCAGCAAAAGCCAUUUACCCUUACUAGUCAGCAGCAGCUACCGGUAUCAACUGGUGGUAGUCAGCAGAAGACUAUGUUUGUUUUUGGGGAGGGGCAGCAGUUACCUGUCACUUGUAGUGUUAGUCAACAACAACAAACUUUUCCAUCUAGUCUUGUUCAACAAAAGACUCUUUCAGAGAGUAAGGAGCAGUGGCCAACAGCUCCAAACAAUCAUACUCAACAAAAGACACAAUCUAUUUCUGACAGUGGUGAGCAGUGGACAAAAGUACCAACCAGUAAUGAUUGCCAGGUACCUGUUUUAUCGACCCAAGUUAACAGUGGGACAGUUGUUAGACCACUGUUUCAACCAAGUAGUGGGUCUUCUUCACAGGCUGUGAAUAAAUCAAUGCUAAUUCAAGACCAGAAAAAUUCCAACCUAUCAUUUGAUGUACAAAACACAUCAGAAAAGUUGCCAACACUGGUAUCUUCAAAUGUAUCUGAUGUUAAAAUUACUAGUACACUUUCAUCUACUGUAGAAACAUCUAAUGAGCUUAAAGAAAGAGAAAAACAUGCAGCUGAAACCUACAAAGCUGCUAUAUUAGAAGAGAUCAAGGAGUUUCAGUUAGAACUAACCAGCUGCUGCAAACGUUUAAGUAAAUGUCAGUUUGAAGUAGGGAAAAAGGAGGAGAUGGGAGUUUUAUAUGAGAAAACCCAAGAAAUGGAAACCUUUUGUUCGCAAAUGAAGGGUACAAUGGAGUCCCUUAACAGUGAUAUACACAGCUUGAAAAGUCUCACUUUGGAAUGCUUUGCUAUGGUUGAAGAGGGUCGAUCCAGAAAUCUUCGAAAUAAAGACCCAAAAUACAUAUCACUGCUGAGGUCGCGUGACCUUGACCCUUUCAGCAAUCGCCGUCUCCAAGAAAUUCGCCGAUUCCAACAGUAUUUUGAGACACAGCUGAAUGAAAUCAAUAGACAACUUGAUCAAGAAUGGCAUGACUUUUUAGGCAACAAGAAACAUCAGUCAAGAUACAAGCUUCAGCUUCCUACUAUACAAACAGUAUAUCGUGCUGUCACAAACAAUGAAAACCUCCUCUUCAAUUUGCAGAAAGUGGUUGAUCAACUUACAGCUCAAGUCAAAGAUAUAAAGAUUAAUGGGCAUUCUUCCAGACAUCGACCACACACUACCCUACUUUCUCAAUUUAACGUCACAUCACCACCUCAAUUUAAAAAUGGAAAUGAUGAGUUGUCAGCUUUAGCUGAUGCAUUUCUGGUAACAAAGCUGAAUGAUGAGGACUCUUCAGACAAACAGAACAUAACCCAGCCAACAGUGAAAUGUUUGUCUCCCCAGAAGCAAGCUAUGUUACGAGAAGUUUUGAGCCAGAGACAAGUAACUUCAGUUCGUACCACUCCAUUAAAAGACUUUGCAGAAUCUCGAUUAAUAUCCAAGCUUGCAUUAUUAAAGAAAGAAGAGAGGAAAACUGUAUCUGAAUCUACCAAAUUAGAGUCACCAACAUCAACAACAAAAUCUUCAUUACCAGAACAAGAAUCGGCAACAGCAGUAUCUCCAACCAAACCUCUUCCAAGUUGCACAGAGCCUACUUCUACUUCACAACUAGUAUUAGCAACAAGAACACAACCUACUCAGAAAGAACCAGAUAUUCCUUCAAUGCCAGUAGCUAUUACGAUACAAUCACAAGUACAACCAGACAUUUCAGCCAUCAGAACCAUUUCCACUUUGAAGGAACCAACAGCAGCACCUGUAUGUCUUUCUUCUUCUCUUAACAACCAGGUUUUAACACCAGUCAGACCUCAAGUAACCAGACCUACUCCACCUAGUACUGUUGGUAUAGAAGUUCGAGCACCAGCUCAACCAACUACAAACAUGCAGUCCAUUCAAAUAGCUCCUCCAGCAAUAAAAGCCAGCCCCGUGCCUACAACAAGUAAGGGUUUCUUGGAAGUAUCUUCCAUGAAGUCAGAAGCAGAAUCUUCUGUUUCUGUUCCAGCAAGUUUUUCAGUGACAGGAACUCUUGCAACUAGUAGAGAACAUGUUGAUUCAACUGUGUCCAAACCUUUGAAUAUUGCAACUGCAGGACAACCACUCGGUUUCAGUUUUGGUUCUGUUGGUGUUAAAACCCAGCCUGUUAUUACUCUGAAAUCUGUAAAUACUUCUGAACCUGUGACUACCAUGAGUGAUAAGCCCACCCAAUGUCUCCAGAACAAAGAACAAAUACCUUCGUUUGUGAAAACAGUCGAUACAAGCACACCAGUCACAAAACAAGUAUUUCGCUUCAGUAUGCCCCCCACCACUUCCUCCACCACAAGUUCUCCAUUUUCAUUUGGUUCUAGUAGUGGCUUUAGUUUCAAAUUACCAGAUUCUCUUACAGGAGGCAGCAUUUCAACUGGUAAACCUGCAACUCUGACUUCCAUCCCAGCAUCUAGUAUAGUGGCUCCUACACCAAUGACCACGUCUGCAACAUCAUUUACUUUUAAACUACCAGAACCUUUUACUGCAGUAUCAGAUCAAGAAAGUCGCACAAAAUCAUCCGAAGCUCCACAGUCGAUUUUAGAUUCUUCUCUUGUUGAGGAGAAUGAAGCAAAUAAUAAAGAUAAAAAUGAAACAGAUAUCAAAGUUAUUGAGGUCAGUUUUGGGAAAUCAGACAAGCCUGACAUAUCCGUUUCUUCCAAAGCAACCAUUCCUUCUUUCCUGUCAACCACUACUGCCUCAGCUGGUAGUGCUUUCAAAUCCAUACUACCAUCUAAUGUCAGUGGUGUGAAAAGUGCUUCAGUUUCAGAGACAUCUGCUUUCUCAUUUAGUUUGCCCAAAACACAGGCAGAAAGCAUAGCAGAGACUUCUCUUACUUUAACAUCAGACUCCAAACCUGUUUUUGGAACUACAACUUCUCCUGCAACAUCCAUUUCCAAGCCUUUCCUUGGAAGUACAGCUGUACCACCAGUAACGAUUUCAAAGCCUGUUUUUGGAAGUGGCACAGAAGAUGUACGUAAUGCAGAAAAACCAGCUGUUUGUCAAGAUGCUGGAGUUACAAAAUCUGACAUUGGUAAUGUUCAAAGUAUAAUAACAGUUUUAACUAGUUCCCCUUCAGCUAGUGAUACUAGCAGCAGUGUCUCUACGACUUUUGCUAAUUCAGCUGUUUCUGCUGUAUCACUAACAACAGUGCCAUCUGUUUUAACUUUGAGUGAAAGUAAUGUUUCUUCAAGUACAACAACAGCCUCAACUUUACAGUCAACAGUCACUACUGGAUCAUCACUAUUUGGUAAGCCUAUUUUUGGGCAGUCCCCAACAUUUGCUCCUACUUUUGGAUUAACAACUUCAAGCUCUAGUGGUCCAUCAUUUGGCCAGACAACUUCAAGCUCUGGUAAUAUAGUGUUUGGACAGGAAGCCUCAAAGUCUGGUUUUUUUGCGUUUGUACAGACCACUAACAGUACUACUUCAUCAUUUGGUCAAACUGCAGUAUCUUCUGGUGGUAACACCUUGUUUGGCCAGAGUGGCAGUAAUUCACCAAGUGGAUUUUUUGGUCAACACUCUACUGCUUUUAAUCAGGCAACAAGUGGUUUUGAACAAAAACCAACUUUUGGUCAGAGUGGAUCUUUUGUAUUUGGUCAACAGACCACAACAGCUAACACUUCUCCUUUUGGGCAGCCUGCAACUCCAUCAUCAUCAUCAUCUGGGGGUCUCUUUGCUCAGUCAGGUUUCUUUACAGGUCUGGGAGGCAAACCAAGUUCAGAAAAUGUGGGGAAGAAUAUUUUUGGUGUUCCUGCUGGAAAUGCACAGACUAGCUUGAACUUGUUUGGAAACCAGCAACCUGAAGGCUUUGGGAGUAAAUCAGGUGGAGUAUUUUCUGGUGGAAGUUUCUCUGGUGGUGGUGGAAGUGUGGCACAGACAGGUUUUGGAGGUUUUCAACAGCCUCCACAAAAAUCUCCUGUUAACCCUGGUGGUUUUGGAGGUUCUCCAGCUUUUGGAGGAAGCCCAACAUUUGGAGGUUCUCCCCAAUUUGGAGCAACACCCAAUUUUGGAAGUCAGGGUACUUUUGGUAGUCCAUUUGGUGGUUCACCCUCAUUUGGUUCUGGUCAAACUACUGGAUCAUUUGGUUCUGGCCAGACUAGUGGGGGUUUUGGAGGAUUUGCAAGCAUGAAUUCUCCAACAUUUGAUACUCUAGCUGCAUCUGCACAAGCUCCAUCAUUUAACUCCCUUACACAGCAAGGACAGCAGACUUUUGGAAAUCUUAAUCAGCAAGCUGGGGCAGGUAGCACGGGUGGCUUUGGUAGUCCAAGCUUUGGCGGUAGCCCUGGAUUUGGGAGCCAGCCAUCUGGGUUUGGAUCUCAAGACCAAAGUGCAUCAGCGUUUACACAGUGGAGACAGUGAGACUCAUAGUGUCAUCUGGUGUGAUAAUUAUAUUUUAUGAAGGAAAAAAAAGAUAGUGUAAUUUGUCAUACAACAUUAAAAGAAUGAUUUGUGUUGAGUAAUGUUCAAUAAUGUUAGAAUAAAGCACUUUUGAUUUAC